AUGAAAAUUUUGGCUACUAGACUAAAUGAAGUUUGUAAAUCCAUAAUUCCAAACCAUCAACAGGGCUUUGUUACACAAAGAUCAAUAGCAGAUGCUGCUCUAGAUAUCCUCACAACUAUGAGAAAUCAAACGGACAUUACUAAACAACACUGGAUGCUCUUUGUGGACCAGAAAAAAGCCUUUGACAGAGUCGAUCACACAUACCUACAAACAGUUUUAGAAAAAAUGAACUUCGAUAUAAGAUUCAGAAGAGUAAUCGAAAACUUGUUUUCAAACCAAGAAGCACAUAUAAUGGACUCGGGGGAUAUCUCAACUUUUGAACCUUUACUGAAAGCGAUAGAAAAUGAAAUCCAAGGAAUACCGGUUCAAGGACACUUUUUCAAAACAGUAGCAUACGCAGAUGAUUUAACAAUAGGGAUAGGAUCUCCUUCAGAUUGGAAUCGGGUACUAGAAUUAUUUCACAUAUACGAAAGUGCCUCCAAUGCCAAAAUUAAUGAAAGCAAGACAAAGCUAGUACCUCUUACAGUUAUGGCCAGAAGGGUUGAGCUCACAAAAGAAAAACAAUUUACAAAAAUAGCAAAGCAAGAAGCAAUCACAAUACUAGGUUACGAAAUCUAUUCAAAUGGAACACACAAAAAAGACUUAUGGACCACAGUUACCACAAAGAUCAAGAAUCUUACAGACAAGUUCUCUCAAAGAAAUCUUUCCUUUAGAGGGAAAAUCCUAGUAGCAAAUUCGCUCGUACUUGCACGAAUAUGGUAUGCAGCAUACCUACUUCCUCCAAGUAGAAAGCAAAUACUCAACCUUCUGCUAUCCUAUGAACAUGGAGGUCUUCAAGCCCCAAUAGUUAGCAACAUGCUCAAUGCAAGAAUGCUAACUGUAUGGACCAGACUAACUACUGGUGACUGCCUAUGGGCAAAAAUUGAACGAAACAGGAUCUCCUCCUAUUUAAAACAAAAAAGAGAUAUUACAGUAUUACAAUCUCUAACAUCAAAUCCAAUUAAAUCUAAAGCCUGGCCAACAGAAUGGAAACCAUAUCUGGCAGCAUGGAAAAAAAUCCAAGGGAAAAUCACAGCAAACCACAAUUGGCCCUGGAAAAUAGAAGACCUCAAAGUUGACGAGAAACAAAAUAUAGACUUCACAGUAAAAAACUUAAUAGGAAUUUUAAGAAAAAGAACAGUUGCUCCAACAAAUACCAUACUUUUAACAGACAUCAAAAUGGACUGGCUUUUUAUAAAAGCAAACAACAACAAGAAAAAAGAUAUAUUAUGGCGUAUGUAUCAUAAAGCCCUCCCUUUAGGAUAUCGGCUACAACAUAUAUCCGCAACAGAGUCAGGAAAAUGCCUAUGGUGUCCAGAGGAACUUCAAACAAUAGAACAUUUUGCACUCGAGUGUAUUAUAAGUAAAAAAAUAUAG